ACUAGAAUACAGUAAAAUAUGUUUUAUUGCAGGUCAGGUGGACUUUUUGGAGGCGUUGUGAAAUUCAUGCUGGAAUAACAACAAAAAUUAUUAUUAUUAUUAUUAUUAUUAUUUUUUAAAGUUCUUAUUUUUAAAGCCUGUUUACAGUUUACAAAUGUAAAGAUGUAAAGAUCUCGAGUCUUAAUAACGCCGUGCUGCUAUAUUUAUCCUGCAGAAGUUAACUUCAGCUGCCGGGACGUGAGUGUUGACCAACUACAGAAUUAUUACACAAUUAUGCUUAUUAUGCUUAAGAGCUUAUUUUAAUACUAGCGCGUGUGUGGGCUUGAUUGAGUCACGUGACUCAGAGGCAACGUCAGUCAUCAAUAUAAUCAUCAUCAUCAUCAUCGGUCAGUCAACGCGCGCGCGAGCUGCUUGAGGCUCAUGGGCUUCCCCUAGUGAAACCCCUCGCGCGCUUCCGUCAUUGGGUUCCAGUAGUCGCGCGGAGAAUGCUGAAGCCGCUCCGGUGAUGGAGGCGAGCGCGCGCUCCUGUUCCUCCGCGUGCCUGCCGCUCUUCUUCCUCCUCUUGCUCUGUGUCUCGCGGACGUCCGCUUUCCUGAACCCGUUCAGCGAGUGCACGCAGAGCCGCGGGAGAGGCGCGUCAUACCGCGGCUCGGUGGACGUUACAGAGUCGGGCGCGCGGUGCAUGAACUGGACCGAUGUGAGCGGCGUGACCGCGCGCUAUCCAGGCAAAGGACUCGGCGAGCACAACUUCUGCAGGAACCCGGACGCCAGAAUCCGGCCCUGGUGCUUCUUCCGCAACGCGCGCGGACGCAUCGACUGGGGCUACUGCGACUGCAAACAAGGCUCUGUGCGCCUGCAGGGUGGCAGGUCUAAGCUGGAUGGGACAGUAGAGGUGUACAUGAAUGGUGCGUGGGGGACGAUCUGUAGCAACGACUGGGACGACAGAGAUGCUCAUGUGGUGUGUCAACAGCUUGGGCAAGGGUAUAAAGCCCGGGCGCGUGCGAGCUCCCUCUCUAGGCUGCCUCUGGCUGUAGUGCACUGGAGGACGAUAGGGUGCAGCGGGGAUGAAGCCGACUUGCUGCAGUGCCCUCGAUCGGUUUGGAACGGAGGAGAGUGUGCUAACCGACAGGCCGCUGCUGUCACCUGCACUCCAGUGGAGGCUGCGUCGUUCGUACCAGUGCGUCUUUCUGGAGGAGCGACUGUAUACGAAGGCCGAGUGGAGGUGUAUCACGCGGGGCAGUGGGGCACAGUGUGUGAUGACCAGUGGGAUAAUAACGAUGCUGAGGUGGUGUGCAGACAGCUGGGCCUGGGCGGUACGGCUAAAGCCUGGGUCGGGGCGUAUUUCGGCGCCGGUGUAGGCCGUGUGCUGCUGGAUGAAGUGAGCUGUACAGGAAAUGAGCUCUCUAUAGAGCAGUGCCCGAAGACAGCCUGGGGAGAACACAACUGUGAUCACACCGAGGAUGCCGGGGUGUCCUGUACACCACUUACAGACGGUUCGGUGCGCUUGGUGGGCGGAGCUGGAGGGUUUGAGGGAAGGCUGGAGGUUCACUAUCAAGGCCGCUGGGGAACAGUGUGUGAUGACGGCUGGACGAGCACCAACACACAGGUCGUCUGCAGACAACUGGGCUACAGGUCGGGUCAGAGUGUGAACCCGGAGCGUUUCGGCGUGCCUUCUGGGCCGAUUUUACUGGACGACGUGAGCUGCACAGGGAAAGAGCCGGCACUCACACACUGCGCCAAGAGAGAGUGGCUUCGACACGACUGCAAACACACAGAGGACGUGGCUGUAGUCUGCAGCACCCAACGCACCGGACAUGGAGUACCAACCAGUGUACCGGUUCGACUGGUGGGCGGGGAGAACGAGAGAGAAGGGCGGGUCGAAAUCCUAGUGUCCGGCCAAUGGGGGACGAUCUGCGAUGACGGAUGGACAGAUGAGGACGCAGAGGUGGUGUGUAGAGAGCUGGGCUACAGCGGUGUGGCCAAAGCUCGUGUCAUGGCGUAUUUUGGAGAAGGUCACGGGCCUAUUCACGUCGACAACGUGAAGUGCACAGGUGCCGAGCGCUCCUUGGCCGACUGCAUCAAGCAGCCAAUCGGGAGCCAUGACUGUCGCCACAGCGAAGACGCCGGAGUCAUUUGUAACUACGGGCAACGGGAUAACAGCACCCGGGUCAAAGCAGAUGUCGCAAGCUCUGUGUGUGGUUUGAGGCCCACACACACUCGGAGGAAGAGGAUCAUCGGUGGACAGAACUCGCUCCGGGGCGGGUGGCCGUGGCAGGUCGCAGUGCGACUACGCGGUUCUCCGUCAGACGGGCGGCUGGUGUGUGGAGCCACUCUGAUCAGCAGCUGUUGGGUCCUAACGUCAGCACACUGCUUUAAGAGGUACGGUAACAGCACCAGUACGUAUAAAGUACGCGUCGGCGAUUAUCACACCCUCGUUCCCGAAGAACACGAGGACGAAUACGGCGUGGACACACUCGUCCUGCAUCCUCGCUAUCGUCCGCAGAGCAACGACUACGAUCUCGCUCUGGCGCGCCUGACCCAGCACGGAGGUCACAGCGGGGAGUGCGUGCGCCAGAAUCACGCCGUACUUCCUGCGUGCUUGCCGGAAUGGAGGGAAAAAGCGCCGAAGGACUUGACUAAGUGUUACAUUACUGGCUGGGGAGACACGGGACGGGCGUACUCGAAAACCCUGCAGCAGGCCGCCAUCACGGUCCUGGGCAAGCGCCAUUGCGAGCGUCACUAUGGCAACCGGCUGACCAGCCGCAUGCUGUGCGCUGGCUCGGCCCUCAGUGGUCACCAUGUGGACAGUUGCCGUGGCGACAGCGGUGGCCCAUUGGUGUGCGAGAGAGGUGGCAGCUGGACCGUCUACGGUGUCACGUCCUGGGGUCACGCGUGCCGACUGCAAGACUCUCCGGGCGUGUACACCAAAGUGUCCGCCUUCAUGCCCUGGAUCACGAAGGUCACUAGCCAAUAGGAGACGAGGUCCACGCAA